UGGCGUUAUGUCAGGUAGAAUUAAAAACCGGGCAUACCGCAAUUCUGGUGUAACAUUUACAUUUAGGGCUGCGGUGUAUUAAACCGACGCCACUUGGUUCUGUCGGCGAUUGGGGAACUUGGCUCAUGCACCCAAGAAUCCUUCAGCAAUUCUUCAGCAACAAGCGAACAAAUCCACACCAUGCGCGUGGUCGUCUUCGGCGCAACAGGCGGACAGGGCAUCGCCCAAAUCUCAGCCCUCAAGGCUGCAAAUCACGAUCCGAUCGCUGUGAGCCGGCAACCCCGCACUACCUCGCCGCCCGUUGAGACCCGUAUCGCAGAGCUCACCGACCGGUCCGCCGUCCGUGCUGCUCUGUCCGGCGCAGAAGCCGUGUUAUUGAACUUGCCUUCCUUUCAGCCAGCUGAUUUUCUUUAUGCUGCCGCAAAGACCAUUGGCGCAGAGGCCGCUGCGCAGUCGUCGACUCUGAAGAUCAUUGUGUUCAACACGAGCUUUCCUGUCCCCGAGAAGAAUGUCGGCAUUGAAGCUCAGGAGCAUCGCCGGGAGACACGCCGGAUUUUGCGGGACGAGGUCAAAGGCAGUGGCGUAGCAUUCGUAUCGAUUCAACCCGGCGUUUUCCUUGAUAACCUACUGGAAGGCUGGGCUUUGCCGCGCCUUCGGGACGAGGGGCGCAUAGUCUACUGCCACAAACCCGACCUCGAGGUGUCGUGGAUUUCUCUUGAUAAUCUGGCGCUCCUAAUGGUCGCAGCCUUGGCACGAGACCCGGCGGAGCUCGACGGAAGGAACAUAAUCGUCGGUGGGCCGGAGACGGUGAAACUCUCUCAACUUGCCGAGAAGUUGGGCCGUGCGUGGGGCCGAAAGGUUGGGUUUGAGAAUCAGACGGUGGACCAAUUCUCUGAGGAGAUGGCUGCGGCAUUGAAGUCUCAGAUGCAAUCCGGUAAAGAGUUGGAAGUCGUCGUGGACGAGACGAGAAGGGCUUACACGUGGUACAAUGAUGCCGAGGAGAAGCCCUUCAAGGUGAAUAUGGCGCCCGUGUUGGAGGAGCUGAAGGUUAGCUUGACGGGGAUUGAGGACUGGGGGAGACUCAAGGGCUGCCCCAUACAGAUCAAAUAAAACCCACGAUGUGCUCACUGUCGGAACAAUGAAGAAGAAAAAUAGUGUUUCGCGAAGCCAGCGUGGCGUCAAGUUCUUUCAAAGUAUCCGAAAUAGCUCGUCCUCUUGGUGCCAGACCUAUGGUUGAAAUCUUCGAGGAAAAGACAUGAUUUACACCAACCUCGCCAUUCAAGAGAGUAAAUCCA